AUGGCUGAUUCAUCAAACCAUGGAAAUGCACCUCCAAAAGAUCAAUCAUCUUCAUCCGAACAACAAUCCUCAUCAAAUACGGACACAUCGCCACCACCGGUGGCCGCGCCUCACAUGAUGUACUACCAACCAGGACCCGGUGGUUAUCCCCCAGGUCCUCAUGGCCCACCACCACUUCACUAUCAUCCAUACCCCCCACCACCACAUGGAUACCCCCCAUAUCCUCCUCAACCGCAAGGAUACUAUCCUGGCCAGGCACCAUACUACCCUCCUCAAAACUAUCAUUCCGACGCAGCAGUUAGCGCCUUGUCGGUGAAUAAUUUCAACACAACCUCAGUUUUAAUAGGCGAUUGGAGCAUCAGCUUGGUCGCUCAGAAUCCAAACGCAAAAGUAAGAGGCUAUUUUUCAGACUUCAAGGUUGAUAUCUUGCAUGCAACCAACGAGAUAGCCAUGAGUUUUGUCCCCGAUUUUCAACUGGAGAAACUCGAACAAAAACAAAUGGAAAUUAAAGCUUCUACCAACAACGGAGGAAAUGUUGUGUCGUUUCAAAGAUGGGAUUUGGAUAAGAUGAAUGAUGAAAAAAAACAUGGAUCCAUUAUGUUUGCUUUGAGGGUGUCUUCUACGAUUGAGUUUAAGACAACCUCAACGUCCUCAGGAAGUUUGCUGUUGAUGAAUAUUUGUGAUAGUUUAAAGAUUGUGUUUCAAAAUAAUACUGGGACUGGUACGUUGGACACUGGGGGUAAUCCUGUCGACUGCAGACUUUUCAUGUGA